UUAGACGCUAGGUUUACUCGCUAUACUUCAGUAUAAAGCUCCUCUGACUUCAUUCAACUGGUGGAUAAACAUAGUUCGGCAAUAAAUUCAUGUGCAUCUGAUUUUGAUUACAAUGUACAUUUUCUCAGCAUUUCUUGCCACCGUGGUUGUAUUACCACUGGUUAUAAAUGUGUAUUUUCCUUACUUUUGGAUGGACUGCUUGUAUGGGGUAAAAAUGAUAAGAGCUUUGAUCAAGUUGGCUAGGCGCACGAUGGGGAAGAGAACAGUUUUUGCAUUAGACAAAUUCUACGAGCAAGUGGCAAAGCACCCCGACAAACCAUUCAUCAUUUUUGGAAAUGAGAUGUUUUCAUACCGGGAGACAGACGCAAAAGGCAACAAAAUCGCACAGGCUUUGAAAAUUCACAGCACGUUGCAAGCGGGGGACACAGCGGCACUUUACAUGGGAAACGAGCCAGCGUUUGUUUUCACCUGGCUUGCGCUGGAGAAGCUGGGCUGCUCGGUGGCUCUGCUCAAUCACAACGUGAGGUCAAAGUCUCUUCUGCACUGUUUCGGCUGCUGUGGGGCGAGAGUCCUAAUCGCAGCUGCAGACCUCACAGAUGCCGUGCGGGAAGUGCUCCCCGCCUUGCAGGAGCAGGAUGUCACCGUGUUUGUCAUGGCAAAGGAGCAGAGCACCCAGGGUCUGGUGACCUUGCUGGACAAGGUGGAGGCGGCGUCGGAUGAGCCCAUUCCGCUAUCGGCCAGGUCCAACAUAACAUUAAAAAGCCCAGCUGUUUACAUCUACACAUCUGGAACAACAGGCCUCCCGAAAGCAGCCAUAAUCAACCAACAUCGUCUACUAAUCGGCAUGGCGGUGGUGGCGACCAACGAUGUGACUUCGAAGGACGUUAUUUACGUCAAUCUGCCUCUGUAUCACGCGUCUGGUUUUAUCUUCGGCUUCCUCGGAUCCACAGAAAUAGGCGCAACAAUAGUUUUACGACGUAAGUUUUCAGCCUCCCAGUUCUGGGAUGAUUGCAGAAAGCACAACGUGACGGUAAUCCAAUACAUCGGAGAGUUAUUGCGUUAUCUCUGCCAGACACCAAAGAGACACAAUGACAGAGACCAUAAAGUGAGAUUGGCCAUUGGAAAUGGCGUCAGAGCCAAUGUGUGGAAGGAAUUCCUCGACAGGUUCGGUAACAUUACGGUCAGAGAAUUCUAUGCCGCCACAGAAGGGAAUAUUGGGUUCAUGAACUACACGGGCAAGAUCGGUGCGGUCGGAAGGAUCAACUUUCUGCACAAUAAACUAAACACCUAUGCACUGAUUAAGUAUGACACGGAGGAAGAAGAGCCAAUCAGAGACUCCAUGGGUCUGUGUGUUGAAGUACCAGUAGGAGAAACUGGACUUUUAGUGUCCAGGAUUACCAGAUUCGCCCCUUUCGCUGGAUACGCAAGGAAUACCCAGCAGACAGAGAAGAAGCUGCUUCGCGAUGUCUUUAAAAAGGGAGACAUCUGCUUCAACACCGGGGACCUGCUGAGGUUUGACCAUGACAACUUUAUCUACUUCCAGGACCGCGUCGGAGAUACGUAUAGAUGGAAAGGGGAGAAUGUAGCCACAACAGAAGUUUCGGAUGUUCUCACAAUGUUGGACUUCAUUGAAGAAGCAAACGUUUAUGGAGUUGAAAUCAAAGGUCACGAGGGAAGGGUUGGCAUGGCUGCUGUUACGCUGAAAAAAGAAGAGCAAUUUAAUGGUGGUGCAAUGUUCAACCACGUUACUUCCUACCUACCAGCUUACGCCAGGCCUUCCUUUAUCAGAAUUCAGAACUCCUUAGAGCUGACUGGAACAUUCAAGCAGAUGAAAGUGAAGCUGGUGCAAGAGGGCUUCGACCCAGCUGUGGUCCAAGAUUCUUUAUUUUUUCUGGAUGAGAGCCAGAAGACAUACAUACCAAUGACAGAGGAGAUUAAUAAGGUGAUCCUGUCAGGGAGCAUGAAGCUGUGAAGCUGCACAACAACGUGACGUAGCACUGUCUAUGAACGGGUAUGGCGUCCAAAGUGGGACAGAAUAUGAUAGAGGGUUUUAAAUGUAAUUACUUUUUAAAUCAUGUUUACAUCACUAUAAUCCUGACUAGAACUGCAAUUCAGGGAUGUAAACUCUUAAAGUAACAUUGGAAAUCAAACAAGCCCAGUAACAAUAAGAAUAAUAGCUAUGAAACAGACAACAGAAAAAAAUAUUAAAUAUUUACUUUAUUUUCCAGCUGAGUCUCAUUGUUACUUAGUCACUCUUUUGAUACAAAAGCAAGAACAAUAGAUACCAUUAAACUUUUUUGCAUUGCAGGUCAUGAUGUAAAAUGAAUACUACAUCAAAAAUGUAUACACGCAUCUUUUAAUUAUUUCCCAUAUUUCUUAAAUGUAAAUUAACGUACGGUAACUUAGAAUGGGGGCGGCAUGGUGAUACAGUGAUUAGCACUGUUGCUUCACAUUUCUGGGACCCGGGUUCGAGAUACUGCCAUGGCCCCAUACGUUACUAUGUUCUCCCCAUGUCAUCGUGGGGUUUCCUUUGGUUUCCCCCCACAGUCCAAAAACAUGCUGAGGUUAAUAGGAGGUACCAAAUUGCCCGUAUCUGUGUGUGAGUAAAUGGUGUGUGAGUGACUGUGCCCUGCGAUGGGUUGGCGCCCCAUCCGGGAUUGUUCCCUGCCUUGUGCCUGUAGCCUCUGCGAUAGACUCAGGACCCCCUGUGACCCUGAAUAUGAUAAGCGAUUGCAGAAAAUGGAUGGAUGGAUGGGUAACAUAGAAUGUUUAAUUGCUUUCAGGAAAGAGCUGAAAUGUUUACUUAAACUACAAUUGUACAUAGGGACCCGAUAACUGUAUCCAAGUAUGUAAUUUGCUUUAUAUAAUGAAAUGUCAUUUUUUUGUAAUUACAGAAACAAGUUUGUUAAGUGCUUUGAGACAAUGUAAUAUUAUGAAAAUGUGUUACAUAAAUUUAAAUUGAAUUGUU